AUGGUGAAUUUCACGGCCGGCAAGAAACCAGUCUUGACAAGAAGUUAUAGCGAGAGUGAUGAGGGAAAACUGAGAUUGCAAUUGGGUCGUCAUCGUCCUCCUCCUCCUCUCAUUGGCCUUCGGGCUCCUGGCAACCACCCUAGCAACGGUCGGGGUAUGCGUGACGUCACUGGCCUGGAAGCUGUACUACUUCCAUUCCGCUGCAGAGGCUUGAUGACGUCAUUCUCCGCCGUGAUCAGGUCAAUCUGUUUAGAACUUAACCAGGACCAGCUCAGGCGAAGAAGCCACCUAGCUAGACUCCAAAAAAUCGAGCGAAUGGUGGAUGAGAAGUUCGCGAAAGAGCAGCCGAACCUCAAUAGCGAGAGAGUGAGAGAAGAGAAAGAAAAACGAUAA